CCUAAUCCCUUCUUCUCGCUCACCGAAGACUGUUCCGCAGCGCCGACGCCGCAGCACAAAGAAGGAGAAGCACCAGAGGAAGGAGCUGAAACGGUGAAACAAUGGCGACGGGAAGAACGGUGAAGGAUGUAUCUCCACACGAGUUUGUCAAGUCCUACGCCGCGCAUCUCAAGCGAUCCGGCAAGAUUGAGCUGCCGCCAUGGACAGACAUUGUCAAGACCGGAACCCUGAAGGAACUUGCUCCAUACGAUCCUGACUGGUACUACAUCAGAGCCGCAUCAAUGGCGAGGAAAAUCUACCUGAGGGGCGGACUCGGAGUCGGUGCCUUCCGUAGGAUCUAUGGAGGAAGCAAGAGGAACGGAAGCCGACCACCCCACUUUGGCAAGAGCAGCGGUGCCAUUGCCCGUCACAUUCUUCAGCAGUUGCAGGCUAUGCAGAUCGUAGACCUCGACACCAAGGGCGGGAGGAGAAUCACAUCGAAUGGGCAGAGGGAUCUUGACCAAGUUGCGGGAAGGAUCACGGUUGCUCUCUAAGUGAGUAAGAAUGGAAAACGUGGGAAAAGAAACAAACGUUAUGGUUGUGAUAGUUUUGGAAUUGAGUUUUCUUUAGAACCAAACCGCCAAAUUAGGGUUUCAGUGUCUUUAUGUUUUUGUCUCUUUUGCUCUCUCUCCAUAUUCUAUUGUCUCAUCGACUUCAUCUAUAUGUUAUCUUGGACUAUGCUUUUUUUUUCGUUUUAAAUUUAUUUCAUGUCGUCAAUUCGCGUGUGAGUUUUUGCCA